GCAUGCGCUUGAGUUGGCAGUCAGGGGAAGGCACAGAGCGAACAUCCAGGAGGAGGAGAAGCAGGAGAGAGAGUCGAUCUUAGGGGGUCCUACACAUCUGUCCCCGCCGCCUCCCUCUGUCACUGGGGAAAAGGUGUAAGAAGCUUAUUUAGAUCGACGAUCCCAGGCUGAGGCAGAUACAAGGCAGCCUUCGACCAUGGGCAACCAAGGGAUGGAGGAUCUGAUUCCUCUGGUCAACCGGCUCCAAGAUGCCUUUGCAUCCAUCGGACAGAAUUCCAAUCUGGACCUGCCCCAGAUCGCUGUGGUUGGGGGUCAGAGCGCAGGCAAGAGCUCAGUUCUGGAGAAUUUCGUUGGCAGAGAUUUUCUUCCCCGUGGGUCUGGCAUCGUGACCCGAAGACCUCUUGUCUUGCAGCUGGUAACCAGCUUAACAGAAUAUGGCGAGUUCCUACACUGUAAGGGGAAGAAAUUCACAGAUUUUGAAGAGAUACGCCUGGAGAUUGAGGCUGAAACUGAUCGAAUCACUGGAACAAACAAGGGUAUCUCCCCCGUGCCAAUUAACCUGCGGGUCUAUUCACCUAACGUGCUUAACCUGACUUUGGUAGACCUCCCAGGAAUGACAAAGGUCCCAGUGGGUGACCAGCCAGCAGACAUCGAAUUUCAGAUCCGCGAAAUGCUCAUGCAGUUUGUCACUAAAGAAAACUGUCUUGUUCUGGCUGUAUCGCCAGCAAAUUCUGACUUGGCAAACUCGGAUGCCUUGAAAAUAGCCAAAGAAGUGGAUCCCAAGGGUCUACGCACAAUUGGUGUCAUCACCAAACUGGACUUAAUGGAUGAAGGAACUGAUGCAAGAGAUAUUCUUGAGAACAAGCUGCUGCCUCUUCGAAGAGGCUAUGUUGGGGUAGUGAACCGAAGCCAAAAGGACAUCGAUGGAAGGAAAGAUAUUAAAGCUGCCCUGGCAGCCGAGAGAAAGUUCUUCUUGUCUCACCCCUCCUACAGACAAUUUGCUGAACGUAUGGGAACACCCUAUCUCCAAAAAGUUCUUAAUCAGCAAUUGACCAAUCAUAUUCGGGACACUCUCCCUGGCCUGCGCAACAAGCUGCAGAGCCAGCUGCUGUCCAUAGAGAAGGAAGUAGAUGAGUACAAAAAUUUCCGUCCUGAUGACCCAUCCCGUAAAACCAAGGCACUGCUACUAAUGGUGCAGCAGUUUGCUGUUGACUUUGAGAAAAGAAUUGAGGGUUCAGGUGAUCAGAUAGACACAUAUGAGCUGUCUGGAGGAGCCCGCAUCAACCGGAUUUUCCAUGAGCGCUUCCCGUUUGAACUGGUUAAGAUGGAGUUUGACGAGAAGGAACUUAGAAGAGAAAUCAGCUAUGCAAUCAAGAACAUCCAUGGCAUCAGGACUGGACUUUUCACACCCGACCUCGCUUUUGAAGCUAUAGUGAAAAAGCAGGUGCACAAGCUGAAGGAGCCAUGUCUGAAGUGUGUAGAAAUGGUAGCGGGUGAGCUGGUCUCCACCAUCCAAAGGUGUAGUGAAAAGCUUAGUCAGUACCCUCAUUUACGAGAGGAAAUGGAACGAAUAGUCACUACGCACAUCCGUGAACGAGAGGGGCGGACAAAGGACCAGGUUAUGCUCUUGAUUGAUAUAGAACUAUCCUACAUGAACACAAACCAUGAGGAUUUCAUUGGCUUUGCUAACGCUCAACAAAGGAGCAGCCAAACUAACAAGAAGAAGGCCUCUGGAAAUCAGGAUGAGAUCCUGGUAAUUCGCAAGGGAUGGCUGACGAUCAACAACAUUGGCAUAAUGAAAGGUGGUUCCAAAGAGUACUGGUUUGUACUAACUGCAGAAAACUUUUCCUGGUACAAAGAUGAUGAGGAGAUGGAGAAAAAGUACAUGUUGGCAGUGGACAACCUGAAGCUGAGGGACAUUAAGGAGAAGGAGAAAAAGUACAUGUUGCCACUGGACAACCUAAAGCUAAGGGACAUUGAGAAAGGAUUCAUGUCCAGCAAGCACAUCUUCGCACUGUUCAACACUGAGCAAAGAAAUGUUUACAAGGACUACCGUCAACUGGAGUUGGCCUGUGAAACUCAGGAGGAGGUGGAUAGUUGGAAGGCUUCUUUCUUGCGUGCUGGGGUCUACCCAGAGAGAGCUGGGGACGCAGAUAAAGCGAGUGAGUCAGAAGAGAAUGGCUCAGACAGCUUCAUGCACUCCAUGGACCCUCAGCUGGAGAGGCAGGUGGAGACCAUACGCAAUCUGGUGGAUUCCUACAUGGCUAUUGUCAACAAGACGAUCAGAGACCUGAUGCCCAAAACCAUUAUGCAUCUUAUGAUAAUCAAUACCAAGGAUUUCAUUCAUUCCGACCUCCUGGCCAACCUGUACUCCUGCGGUGAUCAGAAUACAUUGAUGGAGGAGUCAGCCGAACAGGCUCAGCAUCGGGAUGAGAUGUUAAAGAUGUACCGUGCACUGAAAGAAGCUCUGAGUAUUAUUGGCGACAUCAGCACAACUACAAUCAGCACCCCCAUGCCACCACCAGUGGACGACUCUUGGCUACAUGUGCAAAAUAUGCAAUCGGGCCGCAGGUCUCCAACAUCAAGCCCUACCCCUCAGAGAAGAGCUCCUGCUGUGCCACCCACAAGGCCUGGCUCUAGAGGUCCUGCUCCUGGUCCUCCACCUCCAGGCUCCACACUUGGAAGUGCUCCCCCUGUACCCUCCAGACCUGGAGCAUCACCAGACCCAUUUGGGCCUCCCCCCCAAAUCCCAUCAAGGCCUAACCGUGCACCUCCUGGUGUCCCAAGCAGGAAGGCUCCCGCAUCACCUACACGACCCACCAUUAUUCGAUCUGCCGAUCCGUCCCUCUUAGAUUAUUAAAUGGAGGCCUGGCCGCUGAAUACAACUCUCUCACUCCCUUUCUGCUCACUCAUUACACCUCUCCCAGGCAUGGUGCAAUCUCUCGCUCUCUCUAUCCUCUCUUUCACUGUGUUGUAAACACUGGUUCAGUGUCGCACCAAUGUAUUGUACUGUACAGAAGUGUAGUGUUGUUCCUUCCACCAUAUUGUAAUGUUAACGUGCCAGCAAUCUCUGGUUAAUGUUUUUUUUCUGUUCUCCUCACAAUGCCCUUAUGCAUUAUCAUUUCACUUGCUUACAAAAUUGAUUUACCUUAUUACCUCCACCACUACAGCAGAAUUUUUUGACAACUGUCAAAACAAUUGAAUUUCUAGGCAUAUUCAAUAAGGAAGAGACAGGAACUUGGCCUGUGUUUCCUUUAACAUAUCCUAAACUGUGCUCCUUUUUAAUGUGACUGAUCUACCUGCUGCUUACUGUGGUCUAUAGCUCUUGUUUCAUACCUUCUUCUUCAUGGCUCCAUCUUGAAGGAGCAAUUUACAUUUCUGCACUCCAUAUAUUAAGGACUGUGGUGCCAGAACCUAAAAGAAUUAAGAGUGAAAAAUUAUCAGGAAAGCUGCAAGAAGACCAGGACUGGAUGAAUAUAUAACUUAAAAUAAAAAGUACCAGUGCUUGCAGAUUAGAUAUUAUCAACGUAACCAAAAGGUGAAAGCAAAACGGAAUGUUUAAAGCACUCUAGGGGUGGGUGACAAUGGGUUUAGAAUUGUGUGGUUGGACACUCCAAAUUUAAUUUAAAAGCGGAAAUGAAAAAUAUGAAUGCUUCUGCCGAUUUGCAUAUAGGUUGGUAAUAAAAAAAAUCUGUAUUUGAUCAUUUCUUGCCCAACACGUGCUUCAGUACAGUACCUCACCGGCUGAAAACCAGCAGCAUACUCAGUCCUAACCUUGUUUUGCUAUCCCAAAUCAUACUGGUUUUACCAUUCUUUGCCUAAAGAGAUGUAUAGAUAUAUAUUUUUAGAAAGGAUUUCAUUUUUAUGCAAACCAUAUAUUUACCAGAUUCGCAUAUGCAAUGCACACCUCCUACUGAAUACCUGCCCACACAUUUUUAAUGGUGGUAUCUGCCAGCUCCUUUUCACUUUAAGGCUGAACCCCCAUUUCAGGGUUGGAAAUUCAAAAGCUUGUAUUUAAAGUGUACAGCCACAGGAAACACAGUGCCGGAGAGGUUUAUAUAGUCCAGAGUCUCUUGCCAUGUCAGAAUCAAUACACUCACCCAUUACUAACCAGCAAGUGACUUGUGAGAUCUUGGCAUAUCAAGGGAUCCUUGAGGAUAGCUCUUCUGAAGAGUACUACAUUCAGUGUGAAAGGGCGCACAAAUGCUGGUACUAAAUUGUUUUUUUUGUCCUCUACAAAGUUGAUCACUUCUUGUCUUUCCUUCCUUUUCUUAUCUUUUCCCGUCUUUGGUUCCCACCAGGGUUAGUCCUUCAAGGCCAGAAUCUCCUAAGACUCAGUAUGACCUGUAACCCUCCUCUGGCUCAGACUGUUGCCUGCUUUCUACCUGUUCUGUCUUGGACUGUGUGACAUUAACCACACUAUUUGUUCUGUUGUACAAUAGUUGUGCUACACACAUAUGAAAUGUGAUUAUUGGUAUGAAUUAAACAAGUCAUCCUCUCAGUUGCAUUACGGAAAAUUAUGUCUGUGGUAGUAUGAUAUCCUUAUAUAUACUAUAAAUAAUCCUAUAUAUAUAUACAUAUAUAUAUAUAUAUAUGAGAACUUAAAUAUAUGUUUCAUGAUACGUAAGCCAAUGUGCUUCCAUGUCGAUUUGAGUCUUUAGUAUAUCAUAAGUCUGGGGAAAUGACUAAUGUUGCUCAGUUAGCAGCUGGUUCUGUAUCUUUGCAUGUAAAGAAGCCUCAGUUUUUGGAAAAAAUGUUCUCGGUGCUGGUGUUUAGCUGUUAUAAAUGUCAGAGCGUUGAAUAAAAUAUGUUUCUUUAAAAAAA